GGAGCUGGGCUGGUGUGCGCGCGCGGCCGGAGUCUGUGGAGCUGGAAAUUCACCGGUCCAGGAAGACGUCUUUCCCGCGUCCCAGCACCUCGGGCCACGCUCCUUCGUGAGAGCGCCCUCUCCAAGGAGGCCAGCCCUGGAUAUUUCACCCAAAAUAUUUAUUUUUUCUUUUUUUCUAGGCUCCUGUUUUCCUAAUAGCAUGAACAGACCCCCCGUCAGCUCCUACCCCUUGGUCUCUGACCUGUUCCUCCUCCGAGGUGACCUCUAUCCUGAAUUUUGAAAACAUAUUAGUAUUGCCUAUUUCUGGACUUUAUGCAGAUGAAGUCAUUGGGCACUUCCACCCCUGGGUAUUUGUACUGAUCAACCAGGUUACGCUUUCAGCAUUUGCAAACUCAGGAUGGAGAUUUUAGACCCUCUUCAACCUCCAGGUUUCCUCUUUGCAAAGGCCAGCAGCAGAAGCAAAAGAGAUGGAGCCCAGGUAUUUUAGAGAAAUAAGAUUUCUGUGGCUACCAUGACCUGCUGUUACAGAUUACAUGGUACCCCCUCUUCAUAUGUUGAAGUCCUAGCCACCCCGCCGAACCUCAGAAUGUGACUGUAUUUGGAGAUAGGGUCUUUACAGAGGAAAUCAAGUUAAAAUGAGGUCAUUAGGGCAGGCCCUAAUCCGAUAUGAUCCUGUGUUCUUAGAAGAGGAAAUGUGGACUCAGGUGUGUAUGGAGGGAAGAUGGCUUGCAAGCCCAGGGAGAAGAUGGCCAUCUGAGCCCACGUCCUGGAACAGAGACUUCCCUCACAGCCUCAGAAAGAACCAGCCCUGCUGACGUCUUGAUCUCAGACCUCCAGCCUCCAGAACUGGGAGACGAUUCAGUCAGCUCCUACACAACACAGGGUUGAACUGUGCGGGUCCACUUCUAUGCAGAUUAUUUUCUUUUUUCUUUUUUGAGACAGAGUCUCGCCCGGUUGCUCAGGCUGAAGUGUAGUGGUGUGAUCUUGGCUUACUGCAGCGUCCACCUCCCAGGUGCAAGUGAUUCUCCUGCCUCAGCUUCCCAAGUAGCUGGGACUAUGGGUACUCGCCACCACACCUGGCUAAUUUUUGUAUUUUUAGUAGAGAUGGGGUUUCACCAUGUUGGUCAGGCUGGUCUUGAACUCCUGACCCCAAGUGAUCUGCCUGCCUUGGCCUCCCAGAUUGCUGGGAUUACAGGUGUGAGCCACCGUGCCUGGCCCUAUAUAACUCUUUGUGCAAGUUUUUACCCCUAAAAGAUAUCUGCCAUCUCAGCCAUGGAACAGACACUGUAAGAACAUGAAGGCUCAAGGGCAGGGCUGGCUACAUAAUUUGUGGGACCCAUUACAAAAUGAACAUGGAGAAAAAACGAGAAGAAAGUGUAGUACAAGAGUCGGGGUCUCCCUAUGUUUCCCAGGCUGGCCUCGAACUCCUGACCUCAAGUGAUCCUCCCACCUCAGCCUCCCAGAGUGCUGGGAUUAAAGACGUGAGCCACGGCACCUGGCCUGAAUUUUCCUCAAAUUCAAAAAAUGCUGAUGAAGGUUUGGCUAAAAUCUUUGAUGAAAUUGUGCUCCAAGUGUUUUCCAAGGUUCCGUAUGACCCAUCAUUUGAUGAAACAAGAACAGCAGUCAGAUCCAUUACAAAGAGAGACACACAAAAAAGCUCUUCCCAACAAAAGAGCUUGAACAAUGCUGCAUUUGCCUCAGGUUCAAAUGAGCGAGAGGAACAUUUGGCUAAAAUAUUUGGAACCAGCGUUGCUUGGAAUUCUCCUAAACCAGAAUAUUUCCUUGGCAGUGUGGACAAAAUUCCUGAUAAAGAUCACCUUUCAGAGGAGAAGAAUUUUAAAGAAUCCUGUCUGUUCCACAGGGAUUUAAGAGAGCAGUUAACUACUGUAGAUAAAGAAACACUUCAAGGAGCAGCUAAACCAGAUGCUCACUUUAGGACUAUGCCCUGCGGGCAGCUUCUGCACUUCCUGCAGAAAAACACCAUCAUCGCCACCGUCUCAGGGGUGGCCAUCCUCAUGGCCAUCGUGCUGUUGCUGCUUGGGUUGGCCUCAUACAUCAGGAAGAAACAGCCAUCAUCUCCUCUGGCAAACACGACAUAUAAUAUUUUUAUGAUGGAUGGAAAGACAUGGUGGCACAAUUCUGAAGAAAAAAAUUUCACAAAACAUGCAAAGAAACAGAAACAGUUGAAGAGCAGCUCCUGUGUCUAAGCCAGGUCCUGGGGCCAUCAAACCAGGACUUGAAACCACAAUGCGAGGACAUUCUCCAUCUGCGCACCACAGGGAGGCAAUUCCAUUUCUGCCCGGGAGGUGUAUUCUACAAAAACGUCUGCUUCCCAUCCCAAUUUGAAUGGACCAAGAAAAACUGCUUUACCAUAGGACACUUGUGGCAAUAUGGCACCAAUGGCUGGCGUCGGCGAACCCGACAGACUAUGGAUUUAUCAUUUAAUAAAGCAUUGAUUCAUUUUUUCAGUCA